AUGAAACAGGUUCAUAUGAAACUGUUAUUGUGCCUUCUAUUGGCAACCAGUGCCACUGCCCAAGGAAACAGUAUGUUUGGCAGUUUUCCAACCACUAACACAUUUGGUCAACAAUUAGGUGCAGGUAUGACAAAUUUCGGUGGUAUGAACUCGUUCGGUUCCAUGUCAGGCAUGAAUCCAUUUGGUGGCAUGGGUAACUUUGGAUCAGCUCAACGAGCAGGUAUGGGAUCACCAUGGUCAGGAUUCGGAGCUCAAACCAGUUUCGGACAAACUGCUGCUCAACAACCAGCACAAGCACCUGUUGAUCAAUCAAGCUUUUCCCAACAACAAGCACCUGUUGAUCAAUCAAGCUUUUCCCAACAACAAGCACCAGCUGCUGAUUUACCAUCGCAGCCAAUAGCUGCUAGAAAUUUUCAAAGUGACGAUACAGUCAACAAUGGUAACGGUAACGGUAACGGUUAUGGCUAUGCUGGCUCAUCAUACAGUAAGCCCAGCAGCUAUGGCAAUGGUUACAGUGGCUCAUCAUACAGUAAACCCAGUAGCUAUGGCAGCUCAUCUUAUGGCAAUGGCAAUGGUUACGGUAGCUCAUCAUACGGAAACAAUAACAACUAUGGCUCAUCUUAUUCUGAACCAACCUAUGGCCCGCCAUUUGGCAUUCAAUCCACAGGCGAAUACACAACAUACUAUCCAGAAAAACUCGAUCUAUCUAAAUGCGGACCAACACCAACCGAAAAUCCGUGCACAGCUUACGGUCCACAAUACUAUCCAUUACCCGGCUAUCCAAACUGUUACAUUCAAUGUGCAUUUGAACGUAUGUUCGUUAAACCAUGCCCAGCUAACCUCGUUUGGAACGCACGUAUAAAUGUCUGUGACUGGCCUACAGUUGCUCCUGCUGGCUAUGACAACUAUGGCACAUCCUCAUAUGGCAACAGUGGAAAUAGCUAUGGAACAUCAUCAUCAUCGUACAGCAGCGGAUCAAACUAUUCUUAUGGACGAAAGAAACGUUCAACCACUGAACGUAAGAAACGUGGUUAUGGUGGUGGUGGUGGCGGUUAUGGUAGUGGUGGCGGCGGCUAUGGAGGUGGCGGUUAUGGUGGUGGUGGCGGCAGCUAUGGAGGUGGCGGUUACAAAUCAUCAAAAUACGAUAAAGGUUACGGUGGUUCUAAAAAGAGACACGGUUAUGGCGGUUUUCCAGGCAUGUUCGGAGGACCUUUUCCAUUCCCACCCCUUCCAUUAGGUUUACCAUUAGCUCCAUUUGCACUACCAGGUCCAGUUGGUUUUCCAGGCCUCGUCGGAUUACCAGGUCUUCCACCACCAAUCGGUAUUCCCCCACCAAUUCCACCAGUUGCUCCAGCUGCAGUGCCAGCUGCCGCUCCAGUCCCAGCUGCAGCUCCAGCUGCAGCUCCAGCCCCAGCCCCAGCUCCAGCUCCAGCUCCAGCUCCAGCUAAAGCUGCUCCAGCUUAUGGCAACUCAUAUGGUAAUUCAUAUGGUAACUCAUACGGUGCUCCAGCUAAAGCUGCUCCAGCUCCAGCCCCAGCUCCAGCCCCAGCUGCUGCUCCAGCUGCUGCUCCAGUUGCUGCACCAGUUGGAGGUGCCGUUCCUGCACCAAUUGGUGGUAUUGCUCCAGGUGUAAUUCCACCGCCAAUUCUUCCACCACCAAUCAUUCCACCAAUAGGUCCAUUCGUUCCACCAAUACCUGUUCCUCUUAGUGCUACAUUAAUUCCUGGUCCAUUGUUUCCAUUCGGUCCUCCAUUCGGUGGUCCAUUCGGUGGCCCACUACUUCCACCAUUCGGUCCAUUCGGUGGCCCACUAGGUGGUCCUUUCGGUGGUCCUUUCGGUGGUCCUUUCGGUGGUCCACUAGGUGGUCCACUAGGUGGUCCACUAGGCGGUCCUUUCGGUGGUCCAUUCGGUGAUCCAUUCCUUGGCGGUCUAGGUUUCGAUCCAUUCCUCGGCGGUGGCUAUGCUGAUCCAUUAUUUGGUUUCGAUCCAUUAUUCGAUGGCUUCGGGGUUGAUCCAUUCCUUGAUGGCUUUGGCGAUCCGUUCUUCGAUGGAUUUUCGUUUGGUGAUGACUUGUAUUUCGAUGACUUCAAUGCUUAUGGCAAGCCAUACGGUAAUAAAUACGAAAAAGGCGGAAAGAAAUACGGUAAAGGUGGUUACGAUAAGAAAUAUUCAUCGUACGAUGAUGAUUAUUAUCCAAAGAAAUCAGAUUACAGCAAGAACGGUAAUUUCAAAUCCUAUUCAAACAAAGGUAGCUACAACAACGACAACUACGGAAAGAAGUACAGUUCGAAUAAAUACAGCAAAAAUAACAAAUACGAUUCUUAUGAUGAUAAUGAUUAUUAUCGUAAGAAACGUAGUUACGGUUCAGCUGAAGAACAAGUACAAACAUUUCCCGGAGUACCACAAGCAGAUCAAUAUAAGACAUCAUACGGUUCCGUUCAAGUUCCAUCAUAUGGUGCAGUACAACCACAAGAACCACGUUUGAUUGCUCCAAAACAACCAUCACCAUGCACUGGUAAAGAACCAAAAACCAACGUUGCACACCCAUCAGAUGCUAGCAAAUAUAUUGCAUGUUUAAAUGAGAACACUUAUGAAGUUAUGGACUGUCCAGCUGAACUUCUCUACAAUGCUGCUGCUGAUCAAUGCGAAAAAGUUAAAAACACAGAAAGUCUCUGCGAACGUGACCGACCAUGUAUGAACGAUGGUCAAUGCCAUCAAACAAGUCCAUCAACAUACAAAUGUACUUGCCGUGCUGCUUGGACUGGUGAACGAUGUGAAAUUCCAGUUUCAUCCUGUGCUGCUGAUCCAUGCGGUCAAGGUAAUGAAUGCCACACAUUGAAGACCAAAGAUUACGCUCAAGAUUUCGUCUGUGUCUGUGAUGGUCGUCAAUCAUACGGUUUAAGUUGUGGACGAAACACAGUACCAAACCCAUGCUUAGCUGCCUCAUCUGAACAAGAACAAUACUAUCCAUUUGCAUUCAGCGCUCAAGCUUACGUUCAAUGCAAUGGUGACUUGCUCUAUGUUCGCCCAUGCUCUGAAGGUUUAUACUGGAAUCAAGAAAGCAAAGUCUGUGAUCGAAUCGAAACAUCGCCAGUUCCAGGACCUGCACCAGCCUUAGAUCAAACUCCAUCAUAUCAAGUUACUUAUGGUAGCCAACCACAACCACAACAACCAACCUAUGGUCGUCCAACAGCUAGCUUUGCCGAUAAAAUUAUUGCUACACAACCAACUUAUCAACCUAAAAUCAUCAAAAUCGCUGAUCAAAGCUCAUCUGCUUAUGGAUCAUCGGUGAACCAAUACAGUGCACCACAACCAGCAUUCAAAUCCUUCCAAACAAUGUCACGCAGUUUCCUACCACGUCCAAAACUCGUUAGCAACUACGAAUCAUACGAACAACCAAAAUCAAUUCCCAUGAGCCGAACAUCAUGGACACCAUCAAUCGUACGUCAAGCUCCAGUUUUGAGCGUCAACCAACAAUAUGGUUCAUACGGUCAACAACCACAACUAGUUCGAUCGCUUCCACGUGUCUUUCAACCUGAACCAUCCAGAAACUUAAAUACUGAUUUAACCGGAUCAGGUUAUCGCCGAUAA